AUGUUUGUCCUGUUUGCUCGGGCCGGGCUGGGCGACGUAGCUAGGCGUCAAGCUCAAUGCGCGUUCCGCCUGAGCUGCCAUCCAGAGACCAUCACACCUGCCUUCACCUCGAUUCACCUGGAGGUUUUACUCGGAAUUACUGGAAAGGACUUUGUCCUCAUCGCGGCUUCCAAAGCUGCCGUGAGAGGACCAACCAUCCUCAAGGCGACAGAUGACAAGACCCGCCAAUUAAACAAUCACACUCUGAUGGCAUACUCUGGCGAGCCGGGUGAUGGAGUGCAAUUCGCCGAAUAUAUCCAGGCCAACGUACAGCUAUACUCGAUGCGCAACGACACAGAGCUCAGCCCUCCCGCCGUGGGUAGCUAUGUCCGAGGGGAGCUUGCCCGCAGUCUACGAUCUCGAACACCGUAUACCGUCAACCUCUUGCUUGGUGGUGUUGACGCUAUCACCGAAACCCCCAGCCUGUACUGGGUAGACUAUCUAGCCUCUCUGGCCCAAGUCCCAUACGCCGCUCACGGUUAUGCCCAGUAUUAUUGCUUGUCAAUACUCGAUAAACAUCAUCACCCGGAUAUCCAGCUGGAGCAAGGAUUGAAGCUCCUCCAACUCUGCACGGAUGAGUUGAAGCGCAGACUGCCGAUAGACUUCAAAGGAGUCCUCGUCAAAGUCGUGACAAAGGAUGGCAUUCGAGAACUUGAGUGGGACAACAAUAGGGUGGUUACGAGUGCAUGA